GUUUCUCAGAUUUAUCGCUUGUAUCCGGUAUAUAAUGACGUUUGACGACGAUGUAAAUAAAAAUGACGCCAUGCUAGAUUACAUAGCUACUGCCCGCCCCCGCUACACUGAUGCAGGGCGGGCGGCGCUUCUACUCCUCAGUUGAAUUGUUGAUACCGAGGCGAAAACCCGCCCAGGAUAUCCAGUGUGAUAUUAAAGUUUCGUGAAAUCCAAAAUGCCUGCUAGGAACAAGGAACAAGAACAGGAGGUGAUCAACUGGAUUAGCGCUGUAUUAGGCGAGCCUCUCCCAAACGCUCCCUAUGAAGACGUCCUCAAGGAUGGCGUGGUCCUGUGCAAACUGAUCAACAAGCUCGCCCCUGGAUCUGUCAAAAAGAUUCAGGAGAGGGGAACCAACUUCCAAUUGAUGGAGAAUAUUCAAAGGUUCCAAGCGGGAAUAAAAAAAUACGGCGUACCAGAAGAAGAAAUAUUUCAAACAGCCGAUCUGUUCGAGAGGCGCAACAUUCCGCAAGUGACGCUGUGUUUAUAUGCACUAGGCAGAAUUACGCAAAAACACCCUGAGUACACUGGUCCCCAACUCGGUCCCAAGAUGGCUGACAAGAAUGAGCGUACGUUUACUGAGGAGCAAUUGCGCGCUCACAAUGCUGAACUGAACCUCCAGAUGGGCUUCAACAAAGGUGCUUCUCAAUCUGGACAUGGCGGCUUCGGAAACACCCGCCAUAUGUAAUCUUGUAUGUGUCGAAAACCAGAAAUCAGUAUUUUUAAAGUAUUUACAGUACUUUAAGCUUCAAUAUCCAGACUAAUGCUUACAUUGAACACCGUGUGAUAGUUUCACUUUGUUAGUAUAUCUAACAAUGCUAUUUAUUAAGAUUUUUUUAUAAAUGUACGUGCCUUAUUGUAAAUAAUUAACGUAAAUAAAAUAUUUGUAAGGAU